GGAGGAGGACGGUCUGAAGAGCGAGCAUGCCUGGCGCGUUGGAGCUGCUGCUGCUGUCCCUGCUGGUCCUGUCCACAGGAAGUGAUGUCAGGAGGAAGAGAGGACUCUCCCAGAAGGACUACGAGUACCCGAGCCACCCGCAGUCCACGCAGCAGCAGAAGAACGACCGGUGCCCGCCGCCGCCCCAGAUGCUGCCGGAGCGGGCCUGCGACGUUCCCGGCUGCCGCUCCGACUCCGAAUGCGAGCGCCACAAACGCUGCUGCUACAACGGCUGCAUCUACGCCUGCCUGGAGUCCGUCCAGCCCCCACCGGUUCUGGACUGGCUGGUUCAGCCCAAACCUCGAUGGCUGGGAGGAAACGGCUGGCUGCUGGACGGACCGGAGGAGGUUCUGCAAGCGGAGGCGUGCAGCACCACGGAGGACGGAGACGAGCCUCUGCACUGCCCCACGGGCUACGAGUGCCACAUCAUCAACCCCGGGAGCCCCGCCGCUGGUGUCCCAAACCGCGGCCAGUGCAUCAAGCAACGCGCCAACUCCGAUGGACGAGGUUUGAGGCAUAAAUACUUUAAGGACUACAAGGACUUCUUGGGAUCCAAUUCCAACAGUGCAGUGGGCUACGAGAAGCAUCAUCACAAGCAUCUCGGAUGAAGACACGUUGCAUUUUAUCUUUUUGCAAUCAGCAUGAAAAAGCUUUGGACCAGGAAAUGAAAUUUCAGUUAUUAGCUUGUUUACUGUAGCCAUGUUCCCGCUUCAAAAUGCAAAAAGACAAAAAAGAGAAGAAAAUACUAAAACCUGUUCAUCAGCUGAUCAGAGGUUUAAAAAUAAAUCAGUUGUAAUAUCUUCUGCUGAAGCGAUUAAUCAGAUUUAUCGCAAUGAAUUUAUCAUUGAAAUAAACGUUAACUUAUAAUUAACGGGAGUAAAUAGACUCUGAAAAAAGCCGCUUCCUGAGAAGACACAGUCAAAGCAGAACUAUAAAAAUAUGAACAUUUUGCAUUAAAGAUAUAAAAAAAACACUAUUGCGUUAUCUAUAAAUCUGUUUUACCCAGAAUUUCUGGAGUGGCAGUUUUACCUUCGAUACAAAUAUUAGAAGGAUUUUUUUAGUGAUGCUAAAUAUGAUCAAAUGUUUACUGAAGGAAUCCUGUUACUGAGAUUUAGGUAAUAAAAUAUAAAUUUUCUUAUUUAAAAAAGGAAUUUAAUUCUAAUGUUGUUUAAAAUAAGCUAAAGAGGUGAAAUGAGAAAUCUGCUGAUUGUGACUCUAUUAAUCAAAUGAAGCAAUUCCAUGAAUGAAAAACCUGUGAGCAGCUGAUGAACAUCCUGUUCACAUUCUGCGUUUUGCAGCUCUUGUUUCAGCUCUGAGAUUAAAAUCUGUUUAUUCCAAUCAUCUCCUGUUAAAGCAGGAUGUUCGCCGACUUUGAUACGACCUCAGAUGUUGACCCGGUCCGGUUUGAACCUGAACCGAGACAGAUCUGAGGUCUUUGGCUCCGCCCGCCUCCUCAUCAAGCCGCCUCCUGCUAUCCAACCAAAGAAAUGCUGAAGCUGUUCAGGAAAACAAAGGAGAGGCCCGAUGUAGACCAAAGCUGUUUGUGAACAUUUUUUUUGUGUUUUCUUAUUUUUUCCCCCCAAAACAAUCCAAACAAACUGGGCAUCAGAGAAAACCAGGACCAUGUGGCGCUCGUCCUCAUUCUGCUCAGAGUUCGUAAAUCUGCAAAGCGUUAAACGGACAGCAAGCGAAUAAAUCCAGCUGCACGGCUGACAUUUCCGUUUUAAACCCCAAAAUGAUCUCAGAGUCAAAAUAAUUAGCAGAAUAAGUCCCAGAUGAGUGAAGUUUGGAAGCUGGGGUUUAUUUCAGUUAUGUAGUAAAUAAUAAAAUCUGAAUUACAAACAUGCAUGAAUAAAAGUCGGCAUAUAUCCAUAGUUUUGUUUGAAAAGAAAGUAGGUUGAAUUAGUUGUUAGAUCAAAACAAGCUGAAGUAAUAUUUUAACGAACAUCGGAUCAGUUGUUUACGUUCUAACAAGGACAUAAAAGCUGAUAUUUAGUACGAUAAUAAAACUUCUGAAAGUGUUGCUCACAGAUUUCCAGUAAUAAAUCUGAACAUUUAUUUGCUUUUAUUUGGAAAGUGAAGCAGCUUUACGCUCUGUUCACAUGCUGUUCUGGUUUUUACUGCCUAACAAGAAUAAGCUGAAAACAAAUCGAAUGUUUCUCUCUGACUGGUGCUGCGUUUUAGUUUAAUAAACCUAAUGACUCAAACCUGUCCCUUUUGUCAUCCUCAAGAUAAAAUUAAAUCUGUUUUUUCACCUGUU